AUGGAUCCUAACGCCUUUACCGCACCUUUUCAGGCCACCAAGACGCUUCGCCGUGACAUCUAUCCGACGAUCGACCCCAAGAACCCCGAGUUGAGUGCCAAAGGCAAGACCAUUCUUAUUACAGGUGCUACAGGUGGACUGGGUGGUGAAGUUGCGCGAGCCUGGGCAAUUGCCGGCGCAGAGGGCAUCGUGCUCACAGGUCGCAAUCAAGAGGGCCUCAAGGAACCGGCAGAGGCCAUUGCAUCGCUCAGCCCUUCUACCCGGGUGCUCUGCCUAUCCGCCGACUUGACCAACGAGGCUGAUGUCGAAGCGAUGUUCACCAACGCUGUAAGCCAAUUUGGUACCGUGGAUGUGGUACUACACGCCGCUGGGAGCAUAGGCGGGGGACCGGUGGGCGACUUGCCUCCCAAUGCUUGGUUCAGCGACUACGAGGUCAACGUCAAAGGCUCUUACGUCCUUGCGCACUACUAUCUCAAGGCUGUAGCGGCUGGUACCCUUAUCUUUGUUGGUACGCUGGGUGCAUCGUUCACGUUUGCUGGUAUGAGCUCGUACUCUGGAAGUAAGAUGGCGUUGCUCAAGCUGGCUGAGUAUCUGGAUGCUGAGAAACCAAAUCUCCGCAUCUUUACUGUUCAUCCAGGAAUCGUCGCCGCGACAGAGACGCAGCGUGGUAUGAUCGUUGAUUCGCUCACGCCCUUCGCGCUUGACAAGGGCAUUCAGACAGGUGGAUUGUCCUUGUAUCUUGCCCAGCCUAAGGCAGAUUACUUGAAGGGCUCUUUCGUCAGUGUGAACUGGGAUCUUGACGAACUGGAGAAACACAAGUCGGAGAUCACCGAGCAGAAGCUCCUAAAGCUUGCUUUCCUUGGUGCUAAGCUGGGAAUCGAAGGCCAUCCGUGGUCCAACUGA